AUGUCAGUAAUUGACAAACCACCCAAGACGUUCAAAGAAGCAAUGGAAAGGCCAGAUUUUCACCUCUGGUUAGCUGCAAUGAUUGACAAAAUCAACUCAAUUGCCAAACACGGAGUCUGGAAACAAGCAAAUUGUCCAACAGAUAAGAAUGUCGUGGAAUGUCAAUGGGUUCUCACAUAUAAACGUGGACCCAAUGGCAAAAUUGUUCAAUACAAAGCCCAACUGGUUGCAAAAGGAUAUUCUCAGCGCCUGGGCAUUGAUUUCAACAAAGUUUCCUCACCUGUAGCUGCGUCCAACUCAUAUCAAGUGCUCCUAAGCAAAGUUGCUAACCAAAACCUCAAGCUCCUUCAACUCAACAUCAAGACUGCAUUCUUACACGGCAAUUUAGACAAGGAGAUAUAUAUGGAGCAGCCUGAGGGUUUUGCAACAACAAUAACAACAAUAAUGGAUCUAGGGGAGGCACAAAUGUUUGUCAGAGUCAAGAUAACAAGGGAUCAAAAGGCGGGAACGCUAAAAAUUUCCCAACGUCAAUACAUUGACAACGUUCUUAAACGUUUUGGGAUGGAAGACUGCAAACCAUGCAUUACCCCAAUGGCAGAAUUGUUAAGCCUUCCAAAAUACAACUCACCAAGCGUGGACCGCACUCUCUACCAACAAGGUGUUGGCUCACUUAUGUACGGAAUGAUCUCAACUUGGCCUGACAUUGCAUACGCAACAGGACUGCUUGCUCAACAUGCCGCAAAUCCUGGGAAGGAGCAUUGGUCAGCAUUGCUACAAGUUCUACAGUACUUACAAGCCACAAAAGAUCUUGGAAUUGUGUACAACAGCUCUAAGAAUUCAGAGCUCAUUGGGUUUGUUGAUGCAGAUUAUGCUGGAGAUCCGCAUACAAGUUGGUCCACAACUGGUUGGACAUUCAUUCUGGCAGGAGGUGCUAUUGCAUGGUCAUUGAGAAAACAGCCGACAAUAUCUUUAUUGAGUACUGAGGCCAAAUACGUUGCGGCCGCAAGCGCGGCACAAGAAAUUCUUUGGAUUCGAAGUUUCCUAUCCAAAUUAGUCCCCACACUCUCCACCAUUACCUCCCGCACUCCCCCACGUUCUUCCUCCCGGGCAUCCACCCACGCUGGCCAGUCUUACCCCACACACCCCAUGGCAACCCGCUCCCGGCCGCCCUCUCAAGCCCGCUCCCCUAUCAAUCAGGGAGAGCUGGGAUCCUUCAUUCCGCCAGCCUCCCCUGAGCUCGGCAAAGUCUCACUCAAGCGGGUCAUCCGCCUUCUCUGGGGGCUCCAAUCCCAAGUCGACCGCAUUGAGCGGACCCUCUUGGAACAAGCCAAAGUUAGUCAAGAGGUUCAAACCAAUGUCAAGAAUAUCUUGCAAACAGUCGAUGUUGUCAAGGAUGGGCUUGCUCAGCUCCAAUCAGCCCUGGGUCCCCAUACCCCAGAAGAACAAAAACCCCCUGCGGUCAAGGAAACUCCCAGGGCUGCGCCCAAAGCCGAGCCUGUUGGCAAGGCUCAACCAUUCCUUGGGGCCCCAGCCCCCAUCAUCUCCACAGGGGCCCCUAGGCGCGACCCCCUCUCCCUAUUCAAUCCAUACCCUUCCUCCUCCUUCCCUUCGGGACCGGCUCCAGCCCCCCAAGGACCUCCACCAGUGCCUAUCAUUACCCUGGCGCAGCCUCCAGCUCCCUCCACUGUAAAAGUGGACCAUCCAGAUGCCUUCAAAGGCAAGAUUGGCUUGGAGGCCAAACAAUGGUUAACACGCAUGUUAGCCUGGGUAUGCCUGAAUCAAAGGCAAUUCCCCUUGGACCUGGAGGUCCUAAGUUUCCUCCUCAUGAACAUGACGGAGGCCGGCGGAGCUUGGGCUCACCCCCAUUUGGACCAACUAGGGUCCCACCGCGCACUCAUCCAAACCGUGGAUGAAUUCAAGAUUGAGUUCCUGGCCGCUUUUGGCAACCCAGAUGCAACCAGAGCAGCGGAGCGGAAGAUUACUUCCCUCACCCAGACCGGCACUUGUGCCAAAUACAUUACCAAGUUCCGCACGCUGCAAAUGGAGCUUGAUUGGAAUGACGCCGCGCUUUGCGGCCAGUUUGCGCGUGGACUUCACUGGGAGGUCCAAAGACAAAUUGCCACAAGGGAGAGACAACCCAGAACCCUGAGGGAGCUACAGGACGCUGCCCUCAUUAUCAACAACGCCCUCUGGGAGGAGCGUGCUAGCCACCUGCAACAGGGGAAUAAGCCUAGCAAGACCACCACAACCCCCAACCGGGGGACAAGUACUGGCCAACAGGCCACCAAAACCGGUCCCCUCUCCUCCAAUCCCAACUACGUCUCGGAGGAAGAACGCAACCGCCGCCGCACAGAAGGUCUUUGCGUGAAAUGCGGAAGGGCUGGACACAAGUUUGCCGAGUGUUGGACCGGAUGGAAGGCUACCCCAAAGGAGGAUAAGGGGAAGGCCAAAGAAAUCGCCAAGAUCGGCAAAGACUCUGAGUACCAAUUGGGAAAAGAGUAA